ACGGAAGUUGACUCAUUUGUAGUGGAACUAGGGUGAAUCGGGUGUACUGCGGAAACGUUUAUAUGUUACACAACAGCCCUACUAUUUCCGGUGGUUUGGUGAUAAUACAGUGGUUUUAAUAUUUGCGUUUCUGUUCUUUACAGAAUUAUUUACAGAAGAGUUCUUGGUGAUUUAUGAUGAGUGACUGGACACCAAUAGCAAAGCAUUAUGACCCACUUAAAGCAGGGAGCAUCGAUGGAACAGAUGAGGAACCCCAUGAUCGUGCUGUUUGGAGAGCAAUGCUGGCCCGAUAUCGACCCAACAAAGGAGUUGUGGGAGACCCUCAUCUCACCCUUUUUCUAGCUAGAUUAAACCCACAAACAACUGAGGAGAAAAUAAAAGAGGUCUUUUCUAGAUAUGGUGACAUUAAGAGAUUGCGUCUUGUUAGGGACUUAGUUACUGGAUUUUCUAAAGGCUAUGCUUUUGUAGAAUAUAAAGAAGAACGUGCUUUAUUAAAAGCAUACAGAGAUGCCAAUAAACUGGUAGUGGACCAGCAUGAAAUCUUUGUGGACUUUGAGUUAGAAAGACUUCUUAAAGGCUGGAUUCCUCGAAGACUUGGAGGUGGUUUAGGAGGAAAAAAGGAAUCUGGUCAGUUACGAUUUGGAGGACGUGAUAGGCCAUUCCGGAAGCCAAUAACUUUAUCAAAAAUAAGAAAUGAUUUCUAUUUGGACAGUUAUAGUGAUCAAGGUGAAAGGGUUGGAUUUCGAGAUAGAAGAAGAGAUGCCUCACGAGAUGGGUCAUAUUGGCAAGACCAAGCACGAUCUCGAGGAAGGGAUAAUGAGGGUGAUAGAAGGAAUGAUGAAAGAAACAGAGACAGAAGGGACAGAAAUAGAGAGAGAAGUAGACGAGAUGGUGAAUGGCACAGAGAAAGAAGUAAAGAGAAAUCACUGAAACUCCACAGACAUGACGAUGGGCAUAAAGAGAAGGACAAAGAUAAAUGUGGAAGAUGAACUGCUUUGUGCUUCUGUAUUUGGACAUAUUUUUAGUCCCGUCUUCUGAUGUACUCUUUUGUGUCUGUAAAAAAAAAAUAGUUUGCUGACUUGGAGAAAUGUAAUUUUUUUUAAGAAUUUUGCAUAUGGUAUUAAAAUAAUACUUGGAAGCUUCUGUUGUACACAUGGAGUAAUAACACACAUUCUUAAAAUGUUUGUGUGUUGCCAUUUAAUUAUUUCAAGAAAGAUGAUACAAGAUUUAUCUGAAUCUGAGAGUUGCAUUAGUUAUUUCAGUGCUUUCAGCUUUUUAGCCUUCCCUCAUUAUUGCCUGUUAAAAUUAAUCACUUUCCCUUCCAGUUAACUGUCUUUAAGGUUCUCUGAGCGAUGACUAAUUUUUACACUCCCAACAAAAACAGAUUCUUCCUAUGACUGGAGCAGAUUUUGCCCAGGAUUUGGACAGCAGACAUGUGUUGAAGUCGUUCUGCCACAAGUGAAUGAUCGUAGAACAAGUUGAACUCAAAAGUUUUUUUGUAUUACUUGGCUGUUUUAUCAUUAAUUGUCCAAAUUGGUUUAUCCAGUUAAAUAAAUGAAAUGCAUACCAAUCUUUUUUCAUGGAUGUCCUAGCGGCAGUGUUUGGUUAAGUGACUUGCUCAGUCAUUCAGCAAAUAAAAAAAAGAGUCUGUGGGACUCAAACCUGGAACUGCAAAAUGA